AUGACACAGGAUUUAGGUGUCAAGAAGAGAAUAACAGAUGAGGUAGUAGGACCUGCCGUUGCCAGUAGUAGUAGCUCUAGCAAUAUUGUUUAUUGCGAUGGCUGCUGUUUUAAUAAUGGCUUUCAAAAUGCAAGAGCCGGAAUUGGCAUAUACUGGAGCUAUCCGAAUCUUUCAAGUGUAAGUGAAAGAUUAUCAGGUAAACAAACUAACCAGCGAGCUGAACUUGUUGCAGCCUGUAAAGCUCUCGAAUCUGCCUCAGAUCACAACUUAGAAACUAUCGAAAUAAGAACAGAUUCCAUGUACACUAUUAAUGUUGUUACAAAUUGGAUUAAUAAAUGGAAACGUAAUGAAUGGAAAACAAGCUCCGGAGACGAAGUCAAAAAUAAGGAAGAUAUUGUCAAAUUAGAUCAUUUAAACUCUCAACUAAGAGUAAAAUGGACUCAUAUACGUAGCCAUGCUGGUGAUGUAGGUAAUGAAAUGGCAGACAAACUCGCAAAAGCUGGAGCUCAGGCGGAAUGUUAG